AGCAUAGAGAAUCUCACAGAGAAUAAAUUAAAGAAGAAGAUUCAAGGAUGGGCUAUGUAAGUAUCGGUCAUAUUGGAUAUCAAGUAAUGGUUGGUCAGAGAAUUGCCUUCAGAGUGAAAUAUAACGGAAGAGGAAAGGAAAAACCAGGCGGAAUGGCCAUAAACUUUAGACAACAGAUGGGUGAAGAGAACGACAUCAUUCUGCAUUUCAACCCAAGACAUCCAUCAUAUACUAUAGUUCUGAAUUCGUUUGUUAAUCAAAAUUGGGAAGAAGAAGUUAUCACUGAUGCAGAAGAAGCGGUAUUUUCUGAGGAGUUUACGUUGUCAUUGGACAUCAUAGAUGAAAGAAAUGUCUUGGUCAGAGUCAAUGGCGGAAUAUUGACCACUUAUACCUGCCCAAUUGAUAUCACCAGUACAGACUUCAUCGAGUUCUCUCCCGAAUACAGGAUUAUUGAGGAAAACAAUUAACAAUUUGCAAACUUGCGUUCCUAUCGCAAUAAGAAAGUUAAAGAUGAAAAGUGAAAUUAUUGAAUUUUACUAACUUUAACACUUUAUACAAAUUGUGUUUUCACUUCCUGAAAAUGUAUCCCCAGAUUCUGAAAAUUUGAAUUGUUUCCAAAUAAAAUCUACAUUUCAAAUAUCUUAUUUGUUUUAUUUA